GUCGAAAGAAAUUGUCACUUCCUGUGGUUCUUAGUGUUCUUUACUCUUAUCGUUCUGAGCCAGCUCUAUGUUUUUUUCCCUCAGUUUUUGCAAGCCGGUGUUGAAUUCAAAAUCGUUUUUUGUUGAAUUUCCAUAGUUUUCAUACUCAAUUUUACAUCGUACAUGCGAUAUAAUACUAGUCUACAGAGUACUUCAUAUUAUCUUGCCGUUUUCUCUACACGAUAAUGGCAGCAGUAUCUUCUGUGCCUCAUUCGGUGAGCCAAAAAGCAGGAGAACAGAUUCCCAAAGCAAAAGUUCUUGUUGUUGGAGCAUGGUGGUAUAGGUUGCGAAGUGUUGAAAAAUUUGGCAUUAUCUGGUUUCCGGGACAUCGAAAUUAUUGAUUUGGAUACAAUCGACGUGAGCAACCUAAACCGUCAGUUUUUGUUCCGCAAAGAGCAUGUUGGGAAGCCAAAAGCUGUUGUUGCCAAGGAGAGCAUUCUAAGCUUCAAUCCAGAUAUCAAUGUUAAGGCGUACCAUGACAGUGUCACAAGCCAAGAAUAUGGUGUAAACUUCUUCAAACGUUUCGACUUGGUGCUAAAUGCCCUUGAUAAUCGUGCAGCCAGAAACCAUGUAAACCGCAUGUGCUUGGCUGCAGAUGUCCCACUAAUAGAAUCAGGCACUUCGGGAUAUUCAGGACAGGUUGAAUUGAUCAAAAAAGGAGUGACACAAUGUUAUGAAUGUCAGCCAAAACCUCCACAGAAAACUUAUCCAGGUUGCACCAUCAGAAAUACUCCUUCAGAACCUGUUCACUGCAUUGUAUGGGCUAAACAUUUAUUCAAUCAAUUGUUUGGUGAAGAUGACCCAGACCAAGAUGUGUCACCAGAUACAGAAGAUCCUGAGGCCAAAGGCGAAGAUGACGACCACACUGUAACUGAAGCAGGCAAUAUCAAAAGAACCUCUACACAUCAGUGGGCACAAGAAAUAGACUAUGAUCCUCCACAAUUGUUUGAUAAGUUCUUCAAGACUGAUAUCGAGUAUUUGUUGAAAAUGGAAAACCUCUGGAAGACACGUAAGGCACCAGCUCCAUUGUCGUGGAAUGAAGCUACAUUUCAUGCAGGUGAUGCCAUGAAUGAUGAUGAAAAUGACAUAAAGGCAUUUGAAAUGAAAGUUUGGCCGAUCAGCAAAUGUGCAAAAGUUUUCUCAGAAACAGUGUCGGUGCUGAAGAAGGAAUUACAGGGUAAAAAUUUCCUUGUCUGGGAUAAGGAUGAUAAGUCAGGAAUGGACUUUGUAACAGCUUGUGCCAAUAUCAGAGCAAGUAUCUUCUCUAUUCCAAAUAAGUCAAGAUUUGAAAUCAAAUCAAUCGCUGGAAAUAUAAUCCCAGCAAUCGCCACAGCCAAUGCAAUGAUUGCUGGCCUGGUAGUACUGUACGCCUUUCGAGUACUUGCUGGCGAGUACGACCGGUGCCCGUCCAUCUACCUCAGAGCUAAAUCUAUCCACUCCAAAUUCAUCCUGGCAGCGGACAAACAGAUCACAAAGGCCAACCCAGUGUGCUACGUGUGCAGUCCAAAGCCGUUCGUGAACAUCUUCGUGAACACUGAGCAGAUGAGUGUCAAAGAACUCGAAAAUGAGGUGCUGAAGAAGCAUUUGAACAUGGUGGCACCAGAUGCUGUCCUGGAUGGAAAGGGGAUUGUGGUUAUUUCAUCGGAAGAAGGGGAAACCGAGGCAAACGAUAAUAAGAAACUGAAAGAAAUUGGCAUCGUAGAUGGAAGUAUUUUGAAAUGCGAUGAUUUCUUACAAAAUUACGAACUGACGGUUCACGUGAAUCAUUACGAAGCUAAGGAGAAAGAAGAUCCUCUAUUCAAAGUGGUGGCAAACCCAGAAGAUCUCAAAGCUAAAGAAAUGACAAAUGGAAAUGGGACAGCUACUGAGGAAAAGAAGCAAGAGCAAGAGAGUAAUGAAGAUGAUGUGAUGAUCGUUGACCGUCAUCAAGAUGGUGAUAUAGAAGAUGAUCCCCAGGAGGGAUCUUCUAGUAAGAAAAGGAAAAUCAACCCUAAAGAUGAAGAUGACGAUCUUUGCAUUAUCGAUGAUUAAAAUAGCCAGUUUUUUGUAUCUAUAUUUGAAGGUUAUAUUAAGAUAGCAUUACUUUUUUACUGUAUUUUCAAAGUAUUUCGUUAUUAUAUAAAUGUGAAGAUUCCUACAUUUCUGGAAAUAAAAUAAGUAUGUCAACA